AUGCAUCCGUACCAGUGCUGGAAACGUGGGCCUAAAAUACUUCAAUACUUCAAGUCUAAGAAGCUUGUAAAGUUUGGGUCCGAUCGGAAUAUUGCAAAGGGGACAAAAGUACAGACACUUCUCAGACUAGUUUAGAGCGGUUUUUAUCAUCCAUUCUCAAGAAGUCCGACCAGGAACCAUUGUUUUUCUGAGGGUACCUUUCUUUAUUUUAGGGAGCCCAUGUUUUUCCUGGAGGUCUGACAGGGACCUUAUUUUCUUAUUUAUUUUCAUCAUUUUUAUUUUAUUACACUGUCACUAUAUAAACCAAGUCCAACGUUCAUUAACCAUCUCUCUCUCUCUAUCUCUUCCUUCCUCUGACGUUAUUGCUAUGCAUUGCCUUUUUCGUAGUGAAUUAAAUUAAUUUUUCCCUUUUCAUGUAUAGAAUUUCUAUAAAAACCUAUCGCAGUCGAAAAACGGUGCACGUCGUUAAUAUUUUCUUUUAUUUUCCGCAAACUGUUAAUUGAAUCUGUUUAGAAACGCAUAUUUUGAACAUGUCAAAAGUUUCAGAAGGUACGAAAGCGAAUCAACAAAUAGAAGGAUCUGUAGAAAGCAGAGAAUCGAGGUUUGUGUGAUGAAAAAUAUGAAAAAUUCUAGAGAGGGGGAGAGAGCGAAUAAAAGUAAACGAGAGCUCAAUCGUCAUAAUAGAAAUAUUCCAGACGUUCCGUUUGCGCCCAGUCUGGUAGCUGACGGUCGUUGGCGAAGGCUGUUUCCAGUUCCGCGACCCCGUCCGCCUCAUCUUCGACGUCGUCGUCGUUCUCGAUGUCCAGCAAGAAAUUGUCGUCAACAUCAUCACCAUCUUCAAAUUCGGCGAGCUCCUCACUCUCGCUCAUCAAGCAGCUCGCGAAGUGAGUUUUCCGAAUUUUCGAUAUGUGAAUACAACUUUCUUGCAGAUGAGGCAGAAAAUGCGUUGA